GUCUGACUUGCCAUCACUGACGCUCAUCUCUACGAAAUGCUUGGGCCCCGUUUUAGUUUUAAUUUAAAUUUCACCUCAAUCCUCCAUCGAUGCUCAAUGGCAUUUUACGCGGUGGCCAGCGGGAGAGAGUGUGGCGUCUACGACACCUGGGCGCAGUGCGAGGAGCAGGUGAAGGGCUUCAAGAAUGCCAAGUACAAGAAGUUCAACACGCGCCAGGAGGCGGAACAGUUCGUAAAUGCCACCAAAUCCUAUGCUCCCCAUGAAGUGGCUGUGCCCUUGGGCCAGAAACAGCCGGCUCCACAGAAUUGGAAUAUCAAAAUCGAGAGGCUGACAAAGCCCAAGUACACAGAGGAGUGGCCGGACGAGGAUCACGACCUGGCAGAGAGUGCGCUGAAUGCAGCGUUGAACGAAGUGGAGGGAGAUCCCAGACCAUCUGGCAGUGGAAACUUGUCAGACUUAUAUUACCGCAAACGCAAGGGUGAUGGUGACGCAGGCGGCGAUGGGAGAGUCAAGAUCCCCCGGCAUGCAUCUCAGGUCUCAGAAGCCACGGGCCUGAAGCAAGUGGGUGCUCACCAGUUCGAAAUCGAUGCGGAAGGCUAUGUAAUUGUGUACACAGAUGGCUCCUGCAUAGGCAACGGACGACCAGAUGCCUGCGCCGGAUACGGUGUAUACUUUGGGGAUAAUCACCAGCUAAAUGCAGCAAAACCCGUGGGUGGACGUGCCACCAACAACGUGGGCGAGAUUCAGGCAGCCAUCUAUGCCAUCAAAAUUGCCUUGGGUCUGGGAAUCAAAAAACUGUGCAUAAGCACAGACUCCCAGUUCCUGAUUAAUUCCAUUACCCUGUGGGUGCCGGGCUGGAAGAGAAGAAAUUGGAAACUAAAGAACAACCAGCCCGUGAAGAACGUUGUGGACUUCAAGGAACUGGAUGAACUGCUGCAAAGCAAAGACCUCUCCGUGAAAUGGAACUACGUGGAGGCCCACAAGGGCAUCAAGGGUAACGAAAUGGCCGAUCAGUUGGCGCGCCAAGGAUCGGAUAUGUACAAGAAACUUAAUUCCAGAUAACAAGCAUUUUUAAUUUUACCGCGUAACCUACACUACUUUAUGUAAAAAGCUCGGCAACCCUGAAUAAAUUGAGUAUAUGUGACAACCCUAA